AUGGAUCAAAAACAAGAGCAGCAAAUCCCAUCACCAAUGUUUCGGGAUAUAUCGAAUUUCAAAACCCCAAGAAAAACAAACCCUAAAACUCACAAUUUUGAAACACCAUUCUUCACUGCUUCUAAACAAACUCCUAAGUCGUCAUUCUCGAGUGUUCGCCACGGCCCCCGGUAUUCCCUUGCUGCUAAAAAACUCAAAGCGGUCGAACUCGAGCAAUCAAAAUCUUCAAGAAAGACUCAAACUGAUAAAGAAAAGUCUUUGAAGUCGUUAGCGAAAUCUUUAACGGUUUGGCUUAAUUUCUUGUUUGAAAACCCCAGGUCUUGUGGUAUUGAGAUAUCGAGAUUUAAUGGUGAAGAUUCUUGUGAUGAGUCAUCAUCUGCUGUGUUUUCGGGUGGGAAGAGGUAUAGUGCGUCUCACUGCGGUGGAGUGGCAGUGGAUCGAGAAUGGCGUGGCCCAAAACGUCAAAAAGAUAUGUUGUGGGUUUAUAAGGGUGAAGCGGAAAACAAGUUUUCGAGUUCUAGUUAUUCGCGCUUGAAGGUUUCCCUUGGGGAUAUUUGCAGCUUGGAUGAUUUGAACGAGAGAAUGUCCCUUUAUUUGAGCCUUACUAGUUGCCACGAGAUUCUUGAUGUCAUGACUCGUGUUGCAAAGAAUAUUGAUGAAGGAAGACUAAAGAUGAAGGCUCAUUGCCCGAUAGUUACUGAUGUAGGAAUGAAAGAGAAUGCCUUGAAGGUCUUAAUGAGUUAUAACCCUGUUUGGUUAAGGAUUGGGCUUUAUAUAAUAUUUGGUGGUGAAUCAUUGUUGCCAAAGCCAAACAUUGAUAUGACUUUGGAACACGAAAUUUCCUUUUUGAAAAUGGUAGCUGAAAAAUUGUUCUUUUCGCAUUCUGGACUAGCAAAGGCCUACAUUUAUAACAAGUUGGUUGACGGGUUGUACAGACCGGGUUAUUAUGAAAAACUGGGGAGUGUUAUCUUAAAGAAGUUUUUAUUGCUAGCUCUCAUACUUGAUCGAGCUAAAUCACACAGCAGCUUGCCUAUCAGUUAUGGUAUAGAUGGCCUUGAUGGUGGUUCACCUAUGUUGUUCACACCUCGAGCAACUAUCAAAUCAAGUGGUGAAGUGAUUUCUGAUUUCUUAUCACCUGAUGUCAUGCAUGGAGUUGGUAAUCUUCUUACACACCUCACAAUUAUAGGGUACAAGGUUUCUUACCAACAGAAUCCUCUUGUCAAGUAUGAAUUCAAGGUGACUGAUCUUUUUCAUGAUCUACAAGAUGGGGUCCUUCUAUGUAGAGUCAUUCAACUCUUACAACAUGACACCUCUAUUCUUAAGAAAGUGGUUGUCCCAUCAGAUGAUCGAAAGAAGCAUUUGGUAAACUGUGAGAUUUCUCUAAAAUAUCUGAAGCAGAUUCGAGUUCCAUUAUGUGAUGAAGAUGGAACUGAGAUUUUAACAGAAGAUAUUGUUAAUGGUGAUAAGGAGCUUAUAAUCUCACUACUAUGGAAUAUCUUUGUUCAUCUACAGUUGCCACUUCUGAUCAACAACAAACAUGUAUGUGAUGAAAUCACCAAUAUUCGUGGACCUCAAGUGCAGAUAUUUCCGAACACCUCAAGCCACCUGGAGAUGCUUCUCGAGUGGAUCAAGGCUAUAUGUGAUAAUUAUGAUUUGAAGGUUGAGAACUUUGCUUCAUUGGUUGAUGGUAAAGCCAUGUGGUGCUUGCUUGAUUUUUAUUUUCGGAAAGAACACCCCGAUACUAGGUCUAACAGAGACCUAAAGGAAGCAAACAAAGUAUCAAUUAUGUCAGCUUCAGAUUAUGUUGAUGCAGUGCACAACUUCUUGCUGUCACAAAAGCUGACAACGCUUUUGGGAAAUUUCCCAGAGGUUCUUCAAGUUAGUGAUAUACUUGAAUAUAAAGGUGCAUGCAGCGAUCGGGGUGUGAUCAUCCUGUUGGUUUUUCUCUCAUCUCAGUUAAUUGUCAAGAGAAAUCUGCUACAGAUAAACUUCCAUAAGCUCUUAGGUCAUAAUCAAAAUUCAGAAAGGAAAUGUAUCAGACGAGAAAAACUACUAGGAAAUCAUGAAAAUAUAGAAGAGGCUCAUCAGAACCACAAUGAAGACCAUGGGAAAAAAUUUGAGACUAUCAUGGCUUGGUGGAAGGAAAUGGCUCAACAUAACAGCAAAGCUAAUGAGACACCAGUUUACACAGCAUUGCAAAAAGACGCAAGUGAUAAGCAAAGAGAAAAUGCUGCAAAAAUCAUACAAUCAAGUUUCAGGAAAUUGGUUGAACACCAGAAGUAUAAAAGAACAAGGAAUACAAUUUAUUAUCUGCAGACUGCUAUCCGUGUUUGGCUAACUGUUAAGAAUAUCUCAUCCAUUACAAAGCUCAGUACAAUUAAGAUCGAUGAACCAUCAUGCGAUGAAACGAACCGGUCAAAAAGGAUUUCCAGAUGUUUAGUUGACAGACAUGCUUUCAUCAAACUCAAACGUUCUGUAGUAAUCGUUCAACAUGCCGUGCGAUAUUUUAUUAACCAAAAGCGUCAAACUGAUGCCGCCGUAGUAAUUCAGAAAUGCAUUCGUAGUUGGAUAUUAAGGAAAAGCUUCUUGGAGCAAAAGCAAGCGGCGAAAAGAAUUGAAAUUCAUUUUCAUGGAUGGCUACUAAGAAAAAGUUUGUUGAAUCAGAAGCAAGCAACGGUAAAAAUUCAAAGUUGUUAUCGCAGAUAUCUUGUUAGGAAGAGUUUCUUGAGUCAUAAACAAGCAGCAACAAGAAUCCAAAGUCACUAUCGCCAAUGGUUGUCAAGAAACUGUUUCCUGAAAACGAAGCAAGCAGUUAUGAAGCUGCAAAGGGUAUAUAGGUUUACAAAAUACAUGAAGCACUACAAACUUGAAAAUAAGUCAGCGGUCACUAUUCAGUCACAUACACGGGGAUGGAUUGCUCGUAGAGCAGCAUGCAGGUGUAGGCAUGUCAUCGUUCUCAUCCAAAGUAUUUGCCGUGGUUGGUUGACGAGAAGGAGGUUUCUGUUGCAAAAGGAGGCUGCAACAAGGAUCCAAAGUGAUUUUCGGUGUUUUAAAAGCUUCAAGGCUUUCAAAUGCUAUACAAAUUCUGCUAUUGUAAUCCAGCAAAUUGUAAGGGGGUGCAUUGCUAGAAAGAUCACUUCAAGGUUGUCUUCGAAUCAAGAAGAUGCAAGAUCAGACUGCAAUCAUGAUGGCAUAUUACAAUCCCAAACAAGAACAGAAUCAGCAAUAGUGAUCCAAUCAAAUGUUCGAGGGUGGAUUGCUAGAAGAGCAACAGCUCAAAGGAGACAUCGUAUUGCAGUGAUCCAAUCUUAUUGGAAAGGGUAUGUUGAGCGAAAACAUGCAAGAGGAAAGCUAUCAGAUAUACGAUUGAGGGUGCAGAUGGCUGCUGUGAAUGUGGACGAUGGCAUGCGUAUAAUUAACAGGCUCAUUGCAGCACUUUCAGAACUGAAAAAUACGAAGAGUGUUAGUGGCAUCCUUCAUACUUGUGCAACUCUUGAUAUGGCUACACUACACUCUCAGAAAUGCUGUGAGAAGCUUGUGGAUGCUGGGGCCAUCAAUACACUACUUGAACUAAUCCGUUCAAUUAGUCAAAGCAUUGCUGAUCAGGAGGUUCUAAGGCACACACUUUCUACUUUUAGAAACCUUACACGACAUCCUCAUUUGAAUGAAGAGGUCAUUGGCACUUCUGGAUCGUGUCAGAUAAUUCUACGGGAAUUCAUAAGGAACAAGGAAGACACAUACUUUAUUGCAGCUGAUGUUCUGCGAAAUAUAUGUUCGAACAAGAAAGGUGUUGAAGGAUUGCGUAAUCUACAUGCAUUAGUAAAGAGAUUGCAUAAUCUUCUUGAAGAUCUUAAGAAGAAAGCAGGCAACAAAAGGAAUCCACGAACCAUGGCAACAAAGGAACAGACAGAUCGAAGAUUGAAAGAAGCCGUUCAAAUUUUAAAAUUGAUAACCAAAGGGUAAGACAGAUUCCAACCUGGAAGCAUUGUGGUUUUGUUUUUCUCUUUUAGUUAUUAGGGAUUUUUCUGCAGGAAAUCUAGCUUGAUUUAGAACAUACAUUUUGUGCUGAUCCAAGGAUUGAAGUACUAGGAUUUUGGAUGAAUUUGUAAAUUGGAACUGUCAUCUUAUUGAAUUUGAAGUUAGAUAAUCAA